AUGACGUCAUCACACCGGCGUGUAAAACCCGGACUCAGAGGAGGAACACCCACGCAGCGGCGUAAGCGUGGCAGGCGUCCCCGCUGGCCACUAGACCACCAGGAUUCAACAAGUUGUAUGAAAUGCCCUGAAGACAUGCGGGCAAAUGAAGCAAAAUUAGGGGAUGUAAAUGGAUUAGUCUUUAGCGAAUACAUAUUCUUCAAAGGCAGCUACAAAAGUCCUUAUCCACCCAAUAGUAAAACGCUGUGCCUGGACUGGCUGCUGAUACUGAGCUGGGCUAUUUACAGGAGCAAUGGGGAUCCAGGCUGCAAGUUGCCAUCAGAAAAUCUGAAGUUUUACGAAAAAGAUGGAGACAUUAUUGUUGGAGCUCUUAUCCCUGUGCAUCUUGAACCAAGUAACAUUAAAGUCUAUUUCACUACAAAGCCCUCAAUGGGGAAAUGUAACAAGCUAUCAAUUUUCUGUUAUCUACAUGUACUUGCCAUGGUCUUUGCUAUUCAUGAGAUUAAUGAGAAUCCAGAAGUUCUGCCAAACGUUACACUGGGCUUCCGUAUAUACGACUCCUGCUUUAAUGAAAUGCAGGCUGUUGAUGGAGUUCUACAGCUUCUGUCCGGGACUGAAAGGGCAAUUCCUAAUUACAUUUGCGAGAAAAAAUCUUCAAUGUUGGGUUUAAUUGGAGAUCUUCAGUCUUCCAAUUCUGUGGCUGUGGCAAGAAUUUUAGGACUCUAUCGAUUUCCUCAGAUCAGCUUUGGGUCAGCGUUGGCCUAUUUAAGUGAUAAAAUCAAUUUUCCCUCUUUUCUGCGCACUGUAAUAAGUGAUAAGAUACAGCCUUUUUAUUUCAAUAUGCUGAUGAUCCAUUUUAACUGGACCUGGAUAGGAAUUCUGGCUUCUGAUAAUGAUUUUGACCUGUAUGACAGUGAACUCCUGAGAAAAGACAUUGAAGCAGCUGGGAUUUGUGUGGCCUUUUUAAUGCGGAUAUCUGCCCAACACACCAGAGAUCAGACACUCUCUAUUCUCCAAGUCAUCAAGAAAUCAACAGCCACAGUUGUGGUACUUUACUGCUCAAUGCCAGAACUAAUCCCUUUUAUGAAAGUCGCAAGUGAAGAAACUAUAACUGGAAAGGUCUGGAUUGCGAGUGGCAGUGUUAUCACUUCUCCUAUAUUUUCCUAUAAAGAGUUUUGGAGAACAUUAAAUGGUACUGUUGGACUAAAGCUCCCUUUAACAAUAAUCCCUGGUUUUGGAAAAUUUCUUUAUAGCAUUCAUCCAUCUUUAUAUCCCAAUGAUAUUUUCAUGAAAUUAUUUUGGGAAGCAAGUUUUGGUUGUUUGUGGCCCAAUGAAACACCAGUCAAUGGAUCAUUCUAUUGUACAGGGCAGGAAAGCCUUAACACAUUAAAACUCCAAGGUUAUAAUGAAGCAGCGUCAGGAUACGCCAUUCUUGUCUACAAUGCAGUUUAUACACUGGCCCAUGGUAUCAACAAUAUGAUUUCCUGCAGAUCUGAAUUUCCAUGUUUAAACUUAAGUAGACUGGAUCUGUGGAAGAUUUGGCAGUAUGUAAAGAUUGUGAAGGUAAAAAACACUGCUGGUCAAGAGUUGGCCUUCGAUGAGAAUGGGGACCUGAUAUCUUCACUUGAGUAUGUGAAUUGGCAAGCUUUUCCCAAUGGUGAAACACAAUUUGUCAAUUUUGCAACUGAAGAAGAAUUUCCUGAGAGUCAUAUUGUUCUAAGUAACAACACUAUAUUCUGGAGUGGAGGUUACACAGAGGCACCAACAUCUAUAUGCAGUGAGAGCUGCCCUCCAGGAUACAGAAAGGCACCACGGAAGGGACAGCCUGUCUGCUGCUUUGACUGUAUCUUAUGCUCAGAAGACGAGUUUAGCAAUGAAACAGAUUCAACAAGCUGUAUGAAAUGCCCUGAAGACAUGUGGGCAAAUGAGAACCAUAAUGGCUGCUGGAUGAGGAACUUGGAAUUUCUGUCUUUUAAAGAAUUAUUAGGGGGCACCUUGGCUACUGUCUCAGUACUAGGAUCUCUCCUUCCUCUCAGCAUUCUAGCAAUCUUUAUGAAAAACUCAGAAACUCCAGUUGUGAAAUCUAAUAACCGGAAUCUCAGUUACCUGCUUCUCUUUUCACUUUUUUUCUGCUAUCUCUGUGCUUUAAUGUUCAUUGGUCGUCCCAUUACUAUAACCUGUAUCCUCAGGCAGUUUAUAUUUGGCAUCAGUUUUGUCAUGUGCAUUUCGUGUAUCUUGGGAAAGACAAUGAUGGUGGUGAUCGCCUUCAACCUCACCCAGCCAAAGAGCAACAGAAGAAUGUGGUUGAAUUCUGGAGUAACUAACACCCUGGUGCUUGUGUGCACAGCUAUACAAGUGAUUAUAUGUGCUGGGUGGCUUGCACACUCUCCUCCUUUUGAAUACCAAGACAAUAAAUCUAAGAUGGGCACCAUUAUUGUGGAAUGUAACAAGGGAUCACCAACAGGUUAUUCAUGCACAAUGGGAUAUAUGGGAUUUUUAGCUACUCUGUGCUUUGUAGUGGCUUAUUUGUCGAGAAAAUUACCAGGCAGUUUCAAUGAGGCCAAACUGAUCACCUUUAGUAUGUUGAUAUUUGGAGCUGUUUGGAUCUCCUUCAUCCCAGCCUACCUCAGCACUACAGGGAAGUACAUGGUGGCAGUGGAAGUGUUUGCUAUUUUAUCAUCAAGCAGUGGAUUAGUGGCAUGUAUAUUUUUGCCAAAGGUCUAUAUCAUAAUUCUAAAACCAGAAAAAAACAAGAGA